AGCAACUGUUGGACUUCAGCAUGAUCACAUCUCCGUUGCUGGCUUAUGUGGCGAUUCUGUUUUUGUGUGUCUUAAAAGCCAGCUCCCUGGAUACCUUUAUCGCCGCUGUUUAUGAACAUGCAGUGAUAUUGCCUGAUGCCCCCCUCACACCAGUAUCCCAUGAAGAGGCUUUGAUGUUAAUGAACCGCAAUCUGGAUCUUUUGGAGGGCGCAAUCAUGUCAGCAGCAAAGCAGGGUGCACAUAUUAUUGUGACUCCAGAAGAUGGUGUUUACGGCUUUUUCUUCAGCAGGGAAUCUAUUUACUCAUACUUAGAGGACAUCCCAGAGCCUCACGUGAACUGGAUCCCUUGUACCAAUCCCAACAGAUUUGGCCACACUCCAGUACAAAAAAGACUCAGCUGCCUGGCCAGGGACAACUCCAUCUACAUUGUGGCAAAUAUUGGGGACAAGAAGCCAUGCAAUGCCAGUGACCCCGACUGUCCUCAUGACGGCCGUUACCAGUACAACACUGAUGUGGUGUUUGAUUCUGAGGGCAGACUGGUGGCACGCUAUCAUAAGCAAAAUCUUUUCUUGGGUGAAGAUCAAUUCGAUGCACCCAAGGAACCCGAGAUCGUGACUUUCGACACCACCUUUGGAAGAUUUGGCAUUUUCACGUGCUUUGAUAUUCUCUUCCAUGAUCCUGCUGUGACUCUGGUGAAAGAUUUCCAGGUGGACACCAUACUCUUCCCGACAGCUUGGAUGAAUGUUUUGCCACAUUUGACAGCUAUUGAAUUCCACUCAGCUUGGGCUAUGGGCAUGAGAGUCAACUUCCUUGCAGCCAAUAUACAUUUCCCCUUAAGAAAAAUGACAGGAAGUGGCAUCUAUGCACCUGAUUCUCCAAGAGCAUUUCAUUACGAUAUGAAGACAAAGGAGGGAAAACUCCUCCUCUCACAAUUGGACUCCCACCCACACCGCCCAGCAGUGAAUUGGACUUCUUAUGCCAGUGGUUUACCAGCCCCCUUAGUGGGAAACCAGGAAUUUAAAAGCAUUGUCUUUUUUGACGAGUUCACCUUCUAGCUCAAAGGAGUUGCAGGAAAUUACACAGUUUGUCAGAAAGAUCUCUGCUGUCAGCUAAGUUACAGGAUGCUUGAGAUGAGAGAAGACGAAGUUUAUGCACUAGGGGCAUUCGAUGGACUACAUACUGUGGAAGGGAGCUAUUAUUUACAGAUUUGUACUUUGUUGAAGUGUAAAACAAUGGACUUACACUCCUGUGGUGACUCGGUGGAAACUGCUUCCACCAGGUUUGAAAUGUUCUCCCUCAGUGGCACUUUUGGAACCCAGUAUGUGUUCCCUGAGGUGUUGCUGAGUGACAUACAGCUUGCACCUGGAGAAUUUCAGGUGUCAAGUGAUGGACGCUUGUUCAGCCUGAAGCCACCGUCUGGACCUGUCUUGACUGUCACUCUGUUUGGGAGGUUAUAUGAGAGGGAUAGUGCAUCAGGUGCUUCAGCAGACCUCGUGGCACAAGGACUGAGAGUCAUGCUCGGAGUUAUAAUAACUAUUAUGUACUCAUUAAGUUGGUAGAAUAUUUAUACUUUUCUCUCUUUCACUUCGGAUCCUUUAAAAAAUGAUGGAUAUGAAAAGAAGAAGGGGUCUGGGAUCUUGAUCAU